UUCUCCCCCUCCAGCCUUCCACUCCCCCUCAGCCUUCCUCUCCCCCUCAGCCUUCCUCUCCCCUCCCGACCUGCGCUGAGCCCAAGUGGCUGCGUUGAGCCAGGACUAGGUCUAAUCCACCCUGGGGUUAUGGCAGAGCCAGGACUAGUCCAGCCUGGGGUUAUGGCAGAGCCAGGCCUAAUGCAGCCUGGGAUUAUGGCAGAGUCAAGUCUAACCCAGCCUGGG